GCAAGCUAUUCCGGUAGGUCUUGGGGACGAUUAGAUAUCGACACGAACUUUGGCUUCCGAAAAAGCUUCCUCCCACAGGGAAAUAGGAGAUAUUCUCCUUUUCGACAGCCCACUGCUCAGCAAGUAAUGAUCGACAAAAUAUCUGCUGGUCCCAUAACUUUAAUUCUCAUUGGAGCUCAUACAAAUUUUGCCAUAUUUCUUCUAAAUAAUCCACGGUUGAAAAAGAACGUUAAGCAUAUUUACAUCAUGGGUGGUGGUGUGAGGUCAAAGAACCCAACUGGUUGCUGCCCGAAAAAUGCCACCACCUCAUCUUGCCAGCCACGACAGUGUGGCGAUCGUGGUAAUUUGUUCACAGACUACACUAGUAAUCCUUAUGCAGAGUUCAAUAUCUUUGGAGAUCCUUUUGCUGCAUACCAGGUUAUCCAUUCUGGGAUUCCAGUUACCCUUGUUCCCUUGGAUGCAACAAACACCAUCCCCAUUUCUCAAAACUUUUUCGAGGUACUUGAACAGAAUCAGCAUACUUACGAAGCUCAAUAUUGUUUCAAGUCUUUGAAAAUGGCUCGUGAUACUUGGUUUGAUGAUCAGUUCUAUACGAGUUAUUUUAUGUGGGACUCAUUCACAGCAGGUGUAGCUGCUUCAAUCAUGAGGAAGCCACACAACCAUGCUGGGGAAAAUGAAUUUGCUGAAAUGGAGUACAUGAAUAUAACUGUAGUUACUUCAAACGAACCUUAUGGGAUAUUCGAUGGCUCAAAUCCAUUAUUCAAUGGCCUCAAAACGCCCAAGUUCAAAUUGAAAAAAGAUGGAGUACAUAGUGGUCAUGUUCAGACUGGACUUCAAGAUCCAUUUUGCAUUGUCAAGAAUGGAAAAGGGAAAUGUAAGGAUGGUUAUACGAUGGAAGUUACUGGUCCAGAAGCAGUGAGGGUGCUUGUUGCUACAAGAGCAAAACCUAGUCAGGACAAUAGAAGCUCACUAAGCAGAGCAUUUUUCAAAAGCUUCUUGGAUGCAAUUCUAGUAAGUCCAACUGGCUGGGCAAAUGCAGCAACUAUUGAUGUCAUCUAUGACUUACUGCACAUGAUGGGGCGCGAUGAUAUUCCUGUUGGCCUAGGGGAUGUAUUUGCAAUGAACCAGACUGAUCCGCUUUUAGUUGGUGUUGGAGACUGCAAGUAUAGCAAGGCUAUCCCCCAUGGAGGUGGUGGACUUUUGGACUCUGAUACUCUUUACGGGCUAGCUCGUGAUUUGCCACGAAGCCCUCGGAGGUACACAGCAGAGAAUUCUGCAAAGUUUGGAGCUCCCCGGGAUACAGAUCACCCUGAACUUAGACAACCACUAGCACUUGAAAUCUGGGACCCUCUAAUAAAAUCACUCGAUCCAGGAUCUAAGAUUACAAUACUGACAAAUGGACCCUUGACCACCUUAGCAAAGAUAAUUCUUUCACGCAAAAACAUAAGCUGUGUUAUUCAGGAGGUAGUUAUAGUUGGAGGACACAUCAACUACAAUAAUAAAGAAAAAGGAAAUGUCCUCAAUGUUCCUUCAAAUGAGUAUGCAGAGCUCAACAUGUUUCUUGAUCCGUUGGCUGCAAAGACAGUAUUGGAAUCAGAACUCAAAGUUACACUUAUUCCACUGGGAAUCCAACGUAAAGUCUGCGAUACUCCUACGAUUCUAGCUAGAUUAUUUCAGAAGAGGAGGACACCUGAAGCUCUGUUUGCUACGCGUUUGUUGCGAACAAUGCAGCGUUUACAACGAACACAUUACAGAUAUAAACAUAUGGAUACAUUUGUUGGGGAAAUUCUUGGUGCAGUAAUCUUGGCUGAUGAUCUGAAAUCGACAUUUGAAAUCAAACACAUUAAAGUCUCUUCCACAGGUGAUGAAUCCGAAGAUGGACAAGUGAUUAUCGACAACAUUCGUGGAAAACCAGUAAAAAUUUUGCAACAUAUUGACCCUAUGGCAUACUAUGAUCUGUUUGCAAAUCAACUUGGUGAUAAACAGCAGUCAGCUGUAGUUGGAAGCUUUGAUGAGCAAAGAAGAAUUUGGAGUACACCAAAUAACAUAUAA